AUUUCAUUCAAUUCAGACACCCCCCAACCCCUACACCUUUGUCCUCGUGUUUCUUCUCCAUAUACUUCCUAAUUUAAUUUCACUAAUCCAAACACAACUCUUUUCAUCAUUUACAUGGUAAGGGACAACCUUAAUUGGUCCUCUCUUUUUCCAACCUUAGUAUCCGCCAAAUUCUUUAAAUGCACCAAGAUGGCAGCCGACAUGAUUCAAUAAUACUUAGGAAUACAAUUAGUUAUAACCUUUGAAUAAUUAUCAAUCACCCAUAACCUUGAUUCUCUACCACUUUCUUUCUUGAGGAAUAAACUCCUUUUUGAUUUAGGGUUUUUCUUCUUCACUUUUGUUGCUUCCAAAUAAAUAUAAUUUUUUGUUUGUUUGUUUUGACCAUCACCAUAUUUGAAAUUCUUCCAUGGGAAGAGGUAGGGUUCAGCUGAAGCGGAUCGAGAACAAGAUCAGCAGGCAAGUCACCUUCUCAAAGAGGCGUUCUGGAUUGUUGAAGAAAGCAAAUGAGAUCUCCGUUUUGUGUGAUGCUGAUGUUGCCUUGAUUGUUUUCUCCACCAAAGGCAAGCUCUUUGAGUACUCAUCUGAGUCCAGCAUGGAAAAUAUUCUGGAAAGAUAUGAAAGCUACUCAUAUGCAGAGAGAAAGUUGAAUGCAAAUGACUCUGAUCCCAUGGAAAAUUGGACUCUGGAGUACCCGAAGCUCAUGUCAAGGAUUGAACUUAUACAAAGAAACAUAAGGCAUUAUACGGGCCAGGAUCUGGACCCUCUUAGUUUGAGAGAGCUACAGAGUUUAGAGCAACAGAUUGAUACAGCAUUGAAGCGAAUACGAAGCAGGAAGAACCAACUGAUGCACGAGUCCAUUUCUGAGCUGCAGAAAAAGGAGAAAGCACUGCAAGAACAAAACAAUUCGAUGACUAAGAAGGUACACCACCUGAAAGACAAAGAGAAGAUGCAAAGUGGGCAAACACAACCCAAUUCAGGCCAAAACUCAGCAACCUUUAUGCUACCUCAGCAGCCUCCACCACAAUCUCACCAACUUCCUAACCUAACAAUUGGUGGACCAUUUGAAGCAACAAGGGUAAGGAACACAGAUGGAGGUCAAGCUCGCUAUGGUUCUAAUUCCCUGGUGCCGCCAUGGAUGAUCCGCCAUGUCAACACAGAAGGGUGAAAACAAGAUGUAAUAUUGGCUGUGUUGUAGAUGUACUCGAUCGCUCACACGACAGUACGUAGGCAUUGCUUCUGCAACAGCUAGAUUAAUAUAGUUGUCCAUGUCUAUCUGUAUAUGUUCCAAACAAUGAAUUCAUUUUCCAGCUUGUAUGGUAUGGAUCAUUAUCGCCAUGAAUGAUAAAUGUAGCCUUAUCUCAGCCGCUUUUUUAGAGCAUAUGAUAUACGUAAUAAAACUCUCAUCCUUCAUUUUUUUUC